GGUGGAGAAGUGAGGAACAAGCUGUCCAGCAUCAGGUUGACGUUCUUGUCGAUCAGUCUGUGGUCAGAUGUAUCGGGGCUGAUCAGAUCACAUCAGAUCAGAUCGAUGGAUUAGAGGAGCAGCUGUUGCAGCAGCGACAUGGCGGGUGUGUGUGUGUGGCUGGUGUUUGUGCUGAGUGUAUACGUCAGGGGUCAAAGUUCACUGGACAGAAAUGACCUGAACCACCACCACCACCUUCAUGUGGUCUCCAACAGCCGCGCAGCCUCAGAUCUGUGUGCAAUAGACCAGCUGCUUUGUCAGGAUGAGAACUCCCUGCUGAGUUUCGAGGCGAUCUGCAGCAUACACAAACAGAUGGAUGACGACGCUGACGGCUCGGUGGACACGACGGAGACAGACGAGUUUCUCAGAGAGGAUCUCAAGUAUCAUGACCCCAAAGCCAAACAAAACAGCUUCCACCGUGCAGACCUGCACAUCAGUGUGGAGGACAUGUGGAACACCUGGAAGAGCUCUGAAGUGUAUAACUGGACGGUGCAGCAGGUGGAGGACUGGCUGCUCACCAGUGUGGAGCUUCCUCAGCACGCAGAAACCUUCAGGAAACACCAGCUGGAUGGGAAGGCCUUACCAAGGCUGGCUGUGAAGAACACCACACUGACUCUGUCUGUGCUGAAGAUUUUAGACAGAAGUCAUGCUCAGAAACUGCAACUCAAAGCUCUGGACAUCGUGCUGUUUGGCCCGCCGCCAGGCCGACACAACCGGUGGAAGGAUCUGGUUCUGGGUGUUUCCAUCCUGAUGGCACUGGGUGGCUGCUGGUUUGCCUACGUCCAGAACAGGAAGUCCAGAGAUGACCUGGGAAAGCUGGUGAAGGACCUGGAGGGUCUGCAGAGGGCCGAGCAGAGCCUGCUGGACCUUCAGGAGAAGCUGCAGAAGGCUCAGGAGGAGCAGCGCUGCGUCCAGGUGGAGAAGGUGAAGGUGGAGGAGGAACUGAGGAGUGAGAUCAACUCGACCAAACAGGAAGCUCAGCGUCUCCGAGAGCUCAGAGAGGGAACCGAGAACGAGAGGAGCCGGCAGAAGUACGCCGAGGAGGAGCUGGAACAGGUACGUAUGGCGCUGAAGCAGGCAGAGAGGGAGCUGGAGUCGCGGGUUCACUGGGCUCCACCGGAGUCCCUGCAGAAGUGGCUGCAGCUGACGCACGAGGUUGAAGUUCAGUACUACAACAUCAAGAAACAGAGUGCGGAGAGGCAGCUGCUGCAGGCCAGGGAGGGGGCAGAAAAGAUCAAGAAGAAGAGGAGCUCUCUGUUCGGGACGUUUCAUGUGGCUCACAGCUCCUCACUGGACGAUGUCGACCACAAGAUCCUCUCUGCCAAACAGGCCUUGGCUGAGGUGACAGCAGCCCUGCGUGAGAAGCUCCAUCGCUGGCAGCAGAUCGAGUGUCUGACAGGUUUCUGUUUGGUCAAUAACCCGGGUCUGGGGGCGCUAGCUGCCUCCCUCAACCUGGACCCAUCCUUCCUCGGCCUGCGACCUCCGACCCCUCAACACCUCAUUCUCUCCGAUGACCUCGACGAUAUGGACGAGGACAUCCUGUCUCCUGGGACGCUGCAGUACGCAGCAUGGCAGAUGGACCGGCGAGUGAGCGACCUCUGGCCCCUGAGUGGCAUCGCAGACACACAGUCACCAUGGAAACACUCCGCUCAGAGUCUGAUGCCCCUGCGACAGAGGAUAGGAGACCCCUCUCUAGCGUUCAGCUCUCAGAGGGACAUCAUGAACCGCUCAGACUCUGACUCCGCCCUCCCCCUCUCUCAUGGCGAUUCACGAGGCUUGUACGGCUCCAAGCCCUUCCUCCUUUCAUCCAGGCUCCACCCCCUGCAGGGUCAGGGCUCUGGCAUUGGUGGAGCAGCAGCAGGAGGAGGAAGUGUAGGUCUGGAGAAAAGCUCCAGCCUUGGGGAGCUGAGGGGCAAUCCUGCCACCGUCCUUGCCCCAUCAAGCUCCACCCGCUCCCUCUGCAUCACGUCGGAUACGACCGACAGCCCCGCAGCCUUCUUGUCCUCCGCCUCGUCCAGCUCGUCGGGCAGCGGUCGGGGUACCGGCGUCCAGCUCUCGUCCAGGAGGAGCCCGGUGGAGGAGGAUGGAGGGGAAGAGAGCGAGUCGUCCGGCAGCCGGAGAAGAAACGCUUUUAAUAAGAUCUUUAAGAAGAAGCAGGGACGCCACUGAACAGCUCUGCUUCUGCACUCAGACAAAACCUUUUAUCUGCUACUGACUCAUGAUGAGUCUCAUUCACUCACAGGGAACAUGGUUUUUUAUCGCUUUUUUCUGGCAAAUUAUGCAAUUUUUCCUGUCUGUUAACCCUUUGAUGCACAACAUGGGUCUAAAGUGACCCGACUAAGUUUUUAUAUUCUAUAUCUUUGCAAUAAAUUAAUUCCAUCAUUCAGUAUUGUAGGUUUUCCUCAAAUAACUUUGCAUUAGAAGGUGUUUAUAUGUUGUCAUCAAUUUAAAACCUCAAAGAAGACACAAAUAUUAACUAUCCUGUUUUGCUAAAUGUGUUUUUCCAAUGGAAAUUAUUAUUUGGUGGCUCGAAUAAGUCUCAAAUGUUAAAAUAUGUGAUUUUCCAAUGUAAUUUGGUGGUUCUAACAAUUAUUUUAAAAAUCUUAAAAAUAAGACAUAUAGUUACACAUAUACUCAAAUUGUUAAUUUAGUGAAUCACUUUUUGUGUCACUACACUUCUAAUGCACAAGGUCAUUUUUGACCCAUGUGUGUAAACUUGAUGUAAUAAUACAAUAACUAUUUUUCUACAUAAAGUAUGAAAGGAAAAAUGGAUAUAAUCAUCUGUGGUAAUAAAAAAAUAUAUAUAUUUAAACACAGAGCCAGCAUGAAAUAACAUGGGAAAUGAAUGCGGGUCAUUGUUGACCCAUGUUGUGCAUUAGAAGGUGUUUAUAUGUUGUGCAUCAAAGGGUUAAACUGAAAAAUAGAUUGGUACUCACUAAGGCAAAAACUACGACACAGGAUCCUCCUCACAUAGCUCAGGGGACAUGGAGAUAAACGAGUCCUACGACACAAACCAAAGAAGAAGAACAAGUAGAUGACUAAAGAAGACUUUUGGGGUUUUAAAGGAAACUUUGAUAGAUUGUCAGAGUUUGGAGGGGGGAUAAAGAUAUUAAAAACUGGGGGAAAAAACUCUUCAGCAUCUGUAAAUUGGACCAUUUUUUUGCCAAAGAGUCUGUCGUCAUUUUCAGACCAAAGGAACUUUUUAAUGCUUCUAAAAACACCUCUUUAUAUUGUAUAUUGGGAAUUUUACAGGAAGUGUGCAGGGUGGAUUGAUGGGACUCACAUCAGGGUUAAAGCACUCGUUGCGUAAUAUAUUAAAUUAUUUGUUGCUAAGUGGAUAUCUAUUUUUAGUUUAGUUUGUUUUGUUUUGCUUAUUUCAGUCAUUUUCAACUUAUAGACAACACAAAAUUCACAUGUAAAUAAAUAGUAAUUUACAACUUUGUUUUGCAUUUUCUUUAUUUUUGUAAACGUGCAAAUUCCUGUCCUUCAUUUGUAAUUUGCAUUUUUGGUUUAACUCUGCAUUAACUUAAAUGGGAAAAAAUGUAUUUGAUCAUGUGGCUCUUAUAGACUUUACCAAUGUUACUGGACAAAAAUAUUUAAAUUAAAUUAAGUAGAAGGUGUUUUUUGCAACUU